AUGGCUCCUCAAAGAUCUCGCCUCUCGGCGCUCCUCCUCCUUCUCCUCCCCCUCAUGGCCCUCGCCCAACGCCUCGGCAGCAUCAAUUUCAUCGGCCUGCCCAUCUCCAACCCCGAUGCCACCGACAUCAUCCCGGACCGCUACCUCGUCGUCUGGAACACCACCUUCCCCACUGAGGCCAUCGAGUCGAAGCAGGCCCUCUUCAUGAGCAACAUCCAGAAGCGAAACAUCAACAAGCGCGGCUUCUCCGGUUCGCUCCUCUCUACUCGCGUGAAUUCGUACCGCUACAACAAGUUCAUGGCUAUGACCUUUGAGUCCGACAAUGAUCUCCUUCUCUCCAUUGCUGAUCAGCCUGAGGUUGCUUACGUUGAGGCUGUUACCCGUGUUCGUGCUUCUGCUGUCGCCGCGCAGCAGAAUGCCCCUCUCGGCCUGAUUCGUCUUUCUACCGAGACUCUGAGGAAUCGAGGCACUGCUGGUGGUUACAUCUUCGAUACUAGCGGUGGCCAGGGCAUUACCGCGUACGUCGUCGACACCGGUAUCAGGACUACGCACUCCGAGUUCCAGGGCCGCGCUACUUUCGGUGCCAACUUUAUCCAGGGCAGCCCCAAUACCGAUGAGAAUGGCCACGGAAGCCACGUUGCGGGUACCAUUGGCGGCAGGACUUUUGGCGUUGCGAAGCAGGUUGACCUUGUUGCUGUCAAGGUUCUUGAUGCUGAGGGUGGUGGCGAUACCGCUGGUGUCCUUGACGGAAUGCAGUGGGUCGUCGAUGAUGUCCGCGCCAACAACCGCUCUGGAAAGGCUGUUAUGAACAUGUCUCUCGGCGGCUCCUUCUCCCGCGCCAUGAACUCCGCCAUUGAAGCUCUCCGCCAGGCUGGUGUCGUCCCCGUCGUAGCCGCCGGCAACGAGAACGUCGACGCAUCCCGCACCUCCCCCGCCUCCGCCCCCAACGCCAUCACCGUCGGCGCCAUCAACGCCGCCGACGACCGCCGCGCCUCCUUCUCCAACUUCGGCUCCGUAGUCGACAUCUUCGCCCCCGGCGUCGACGUCACCUCCGUCGGCAUCACCAGCGACACCGCCUCAGCCCGCCUCUCUGGCACCUCCAUGGCCAGCCCCCACGUGUGCGGCCUCGCCGCCUACCUCAUGGCCCUCGAGGGCAUCAACCAGGUCGAUGACGUCGUGGCGAGGAUAACUCAGCUUGCGGGGACCACGGGCGCGAGUGUUGGGGGGAAUAGGGGGGAUACGACUAAUUUGAUUGCGUAUAACGGUGCGCAGGAGUUGUUGUAA